AAAAAUCUUGACAAACCAGUAGCAGUUCCAAUAAUCGAAAUUGAAACAAACAAAACGCGAUUAUGUAUACACAAUGAUGAGACUAGAAAAGAAUACUUACCAGAAAAGUAUGAUCCCUUGUUAAAUGGGCCUUCCCGCGGAAGAAUAAAAAAAAGAUAUCACGUCGAUAAACGAUACUUCGAUCAAAAAGUUGAGAGAGAAGGUUAUGCUAAAUAGACUUCAUGCUUUAUUGUUGAUGUCUACUUUUGAAAAAAAGGAAAAAAAACCAUUACAAGUUGGUGAGUUCUCAACUUUAUCAUCAAGUUUCAAUUUAACGGAUUCAGAACAACUAACAAAAUUUUUAGUAAAUGCAAUUGAGACAGACGAUAAAAAAUCUUCUGCAAUAGAAAAAAUAGGUAAAGAAGAAAUUGGUAAAAAAGUCCCCCGAUGGUCAUACAAAUUAAUAACUGAAUUGGAACAAAUAUCGUAUUUUACAAAUCCACCAGAUGAUCAUGAUAUUCGUUCAAGAAAAGGGAUCAGUGUAUUAAUUUUUGAAGAACCUAAGACUCUCAAAGAUAAGACUACAAACAAAGAUAAGAAUACAAAAGAUACAAAUAUUCAAGCUAUAAAAUCCGACGAUAAUGAGAAAGAUAAAAAUAUUAAAAAGAAAAAGGAAGAUGAGGAUAAUAAGCUUUUUUUAUUACGAUAUCCGCACCAAUCUGAUUUUCGCCAAGGC